CGGUCCAAUUCUAGGUCCGUUUGAGGGGAAUGUAGGUCGGUUGUACACGCAAAGCCUAAACGGAUAGAUAGAAUAACAAUUUGGAAAGCAUUCAACGGUUGUUUUGCCGAUAUCGAAGGAAGGAACAUCCAGUAAAUCUGUCGGCUGCUUUACAGCUUGCACGCUACUCACACAGUAUAGACAAAAUCAAUCAGUGACUUGCACAUGCAUAAUCUUUUCACCAUACAACAUCAAAUUCUAUGAAAUCACCGAGCCUCGAACCUUGCACCUCUCUAUACAGGCCAUACUAGUACAAACAAUGAGCAAAUGACAAUUUACCCCUGCUAAAAGCUUGGCCCUGGCAUCUAUCAUUCCAACCAUUCUGCUUGAGAUUAUCUGUUCAAAUUCUUGUGUUUGAGCUUCUGCUGUUAGAUUUUUCUUCCUAGAUUUUCCUUGUCCAAUGAUGUUACAAAAAGUGUUCCUUUUGGGGUUAAUUCAAUGGGCAUUUAUAGUAAGCUGUGCCAGAACUGCAAAUGGUGUCCCGGAGACCUGUGCCGGAAUAGUGCCGAUGAAACGGCGGCAGCACACAAUGUCUAUCAGACGAUUUGGAGCGAUAGGCGAUGGGAGAACCCUUAAUACGCAAGCGUUUCAGGCUGCAAUCAGUACUAUUCGGAAGCUUGACAAUAUUGGGGGAACUUUACUUUAUAUUCCAACUGGAAUUUGGCUUACUGGAAGCUUCAAUCUUACCAGUCAUAUGACUUUGUAUUUGGCAAAGAAUGCCGUAAUAAAGGCUUCGCAGGAUACAGGGGCGUGGCCGGUGAUUAAUCCGCUUCCCUCAUACGGCAGAGGGAGGGAGCGUCCAGGCGGAAGGUAUAUUAGCUUUAUACACGGAGACGGCCUUGAGGACGUUGUUAUCACCGGUGAAAACGGGACCAUCGAUGGACAGGGUGAAGUGUGGUGGAAUAUGUGGCGAGACGGCUCUUUGAAGUAUACCAGAGGGAAUUUAGUCGAAAUUAUGAACUCAAGAGAUGUUAUAAUCUCUAAUGUUGUUCUUCUGAAUUCGCCAUUCUGGAACAUACAUCCCGUCUACUGCAGCAACGUAGUGAUACGCCGAGUGACCAUUUUAGCUCCAGCAGAUUCACCGAAUACAGACGGAAUCGAUCCUGAUUCCAGCUCAAACGUUUGUAUUGAAGACAGCUAUGUGAAUAAUGGGGAUGAUGUAGUAGCCAUAAAAAGCGGCUGGGAUGAAUAUGGAAUAGCAUAUGGGCGCCCAAGCUCCAACAUAAUAGUUCGUCGAGUAACAGGCAUCACAUCAGGCUUUUCAGGCAUUGCCAUCGGCAGCGAGACUUCAGGUGGCAUCCGUGACAUUCUUAUACAGCAUGUAAACAUUCUCAACUCUGGAACUGGCAUUAGACUCAAAACCAAUGUGGGUAGAGGUGGCAUCAUUACAAACAUUACAAUCUCAGACAUUUACAUGGAGAAUGUUGGAACAGCAAUCAAAUUCACAGGCAAUACAGGAGACCAUCCAGAUGAAAGAUAUAAUCAUCUGGCUGUGCCUGUGGUGAGGAACAUUGCAGUGAAUAAUGUUGUGGGCAGAGGCAUUGGUAGUGUGGGUUCCAUGGAGGGUAUCAAGGGAUCUCCAUUUCAAAACAUAUGUUUGUCAAACAUUAUGCUUCAAGGAGCUGGUCAAGAGCUGACAUGGAAGUGUGAGGAGGUGGUGGGAUCUUCAUUUGGCACUAUCACUCCUCCUCCAUGUCCACAGCUUGAAAGCCAAAUGUCUUCUUUCUGCCACUCAUCAUAUCUGCGUUACCAUUGAUUCUUUCUGUAUCACUUCAUUCUUUAGGCUCUUAAAUAAAUUAGGCAUCUCCCUACGUUCUGUCCUGUAUUCCAUGGAGCUGUUAUCUCCUCUUUAAUUUGAGCUUAACCCAAUUGAAUUCUCUGUGUUAUGAGGAUUAUUUAGUGGUAAAAUUGAUAUCAAGAUGAACAUUAUUAUUGUAAGCAUAAGGGCAAUUAUUUGGUUGAAUUGUUCUAUACAAUUUAUAUUUGUAAUCAUUAUGCUUCAAGGAGCUGGUAAAAGAGCUGACAUGAAGUGUGAGGACGAGGAAGGUUCUUCAA